AUGGGAGACACUCGCGAGCGCAAGACAUCUGGCACCGAGCAUGGACGCCUAGCCGACGGCGUCAACGGCGUCAACGGCCAUGUCGAGGAGGAGAGCUUCAUCGGUGCCGUCGAUCAGGGCACAACCUCGUCCCGCUUCAUCAUCUUCAACCGCUUCGCCGAUCCUAUUGCCAGCCACCAGAUCGAGUUCCAGAACUACUAUCCACACUCGGGGCCCCUAGAACUCCUCGAGUCUGUCGAACAAUGUAUCGAAAGGGCUGUCGAACAAUUCAUAACGAAAGGUUACCGCAAAGAGCAGAUCAAGGCCAUUGGUCUCACCACCCAGCGAGAAACGACCGUAUGCUGGGAUAAGUAUACAGGCGAACCCCUUUGCGAAGCCGUUGUUUGGCCCGAUACGCGAACCAAAGACUUGGUACGAGAACUGAAAGGCCACCUGGGCGCAGAUAGGUUGUUACAGCUUUGUGGUCUGCCACUGAGUACAUAUCCCUCUAGCGUGAAGCUGCUCUGGCUGGUGCGCUACCACGACCAGGUGAAAAAGGCCUACGAGGAAGGCCGUCUCGCCUUUGGCACCGUCGAUAGUUGGCUGAUCUAUAAGCUGAACGGCGGCAAGGAGAAGAACGUGCAUGUGACCGACACCUCGAAUGCGAGCAGAACUAUGUUCAUGAAUCUGCACACCUGUCAGUAUGAUGAUGAGCUUAUCAACUUCUUCGGCAUCGACCGUUCCAAGGUCGACUUCCCCAAGAUUGUGCCCUCUUCGGAUGCCGAAGCUUUUGGUACCCUGGCCAGGGGUAUACUGGCCGGGACCAAGAUUGCGGGCUGUCUGGGUGACCAGUCCAGUGCUUUAGUCGGGCAUUGUGGGUUUAGCCCAGGCCAUGCGAAGAACACGUACGGUACUGGAUGUUUCCUGCUGUACAAUGUAGGCACAGAACCGGUCAUAUCUCAGUAUGGCCUGCUGGCUACUGUCGCGUACGAUUUCGGCAAGGGGCAAAAACCAGUCUAUGCGCUUGAGGGCAGUAUAGCCGUGGCUGGGUCUGGCGUGAAGUUCCUAAUGAACAACCUGGGAUUCUUGCGUGAUUCCACCAAGGUUGGCGAGCUGGCCAGGACAGUAGAGGACAACGGCGGAGUAGUGUUCGUCACUGCAUUUAGUGGUCUUUUUGCUCCAUACUGGAUCGAUGAUGCCAAAGGCACUCUGUUCGGCAUAACACAACACACCCAGAGAGGACACAUCGCCCGCGCCACCCUAGAAGCCACUUGCUUCCAAACCCGCGCCAUUCUCGAGGCAAUGGAGAAGGAUUCAAAGCACAAGCUUGGGGGCGUCGCUGUCGACGGUGGUAUGUCCAACUCGGACUUGACCAUGCAAACCCAAGCCAACAUCAUUGGCAUACGGGUUGAGCGUCCAUCCAUGCGCGAAACAACGGCGCUAGGAGCCGCGAUUGCGGCCGGCAUGGCAGUCGGUGGCUUCUGGAGGGAUCUUGAAGAGGUUUCGGAGAUCACUCACAAGAAGCCCGGUCGUAAAAACUUCGAACCCGAUAUGGACAGAAGGCAGGGUCAGAAGAUGUACGAGAAUUGGGAGAAGGCUGUCGAGAUGAGUCGGGGUUGGGUGAGGGAUGCAGCGGAGGCUGAGUUUGAAGGCAUCGAGCAAUCCGAGGUCUAG